AUGGCAAAGGGGCUGUCAGUCAAUUUUACGGUCACUCAGCUAUAUAAUCGUUUACCAAAUCAAGAUUAUUGUGGAACAAGCUAUUCAACACAUUAUACUAGUACACUGUCCACAUAUUAUGGGGCAACAGUUAUCGGAUUGGUAGGUGAAGGAAAAGCUUUGGGCAGAACACUCAAAAACAAUUUGGUAUUGGGCCAAUGCUCAGAUCGUGUUGGGCCAUCGCCCACUGGCCUCCCCCGUAGUUACGCCUAUGCUUGA